CAGCCCGGGGCCCGCACUGCAGCCGCCGCCCGCGCUGAGCCGGGGCGCGGCCCGCCGCUCUAGCUCUGCAGCAGCAUGAGCCAAGCCGAGCUGUCCACCUGCUCGGCGCCGCAGACGCAGCGCAUCUUCCAGGAAGCGGUGCGCAAGGGCAACACGCAGGAGCUGCAGUCGCUGCUGCAGAACAUGACUAACUGCGAGUUCAACGUGAACUCGUUCGGGCCGGAGGGCCAGACGGCACUACACCAGUCAGUCAUCGAUGGCAACCUGGAGCUGGUGAAGCUGCUGGUCAAGUUCGGCGCGGACAUCCGCCUAGCCAACCGCGACGGCUGGAGCGCGCUGCACAUCGCCGCUUUCGGGGGCCACCAGGACAUCGUGCUCUAUCUCAUCACCAAGGCCAAGUACGCGGCCAGCGGCCGGUGAUACCCGCCCCGACCCCGGACCCUGACCUUCGCCCGCGUCUUCUCUGCUGUACCUUCCCGCCAACUACCUCGGUGUGCGCCAGGUUUGCUGGCCCGCGUGGAAAUCGGGCUAGGUCUCCACGUCCGUGGCCCCUAGGGUUCGGCUCUCCGCCAGAGAGCUCCUCCCCUCGGCAGUCCUCUGAGCCUCGCCGGGCCCCAGAGCCUUCCCACGGCCCCCGACCGCCUCGAGGGUGGGGGCGGGGCGCAGGCUCCAGCCCAUUUUGAAAUUUGAGUCUCACACCGGGAGACUUCGGAAUCCCGAGAUACCGGAUCCUCCGCUUGAAAUGUUUUCUCCGGAAGGUGAAAGGCGCGGGCGGACUCGCGCUCCCGCCGCCGCCCGUGGGACCCGCCCGCCCGCCCGCACUGCGGCGGCUCCUGCCGCUGGCGGCCGCCAA